CUUAAUUUCUGUAGAAGAAACAUGACAAGUAGUGAAGCAACAGCCUCACUUCCAAGGUUCAUCGUCAUCAAAUCCAAGCUCUACAAUGAUAAAGGAAAUGCGUACUUCAAGGCCGAUGGUAGCUCCGUACUUGUGGGAGAAGAGGACGUAUUCAGCACGCUCGUCAAGAUCGAAGUGGAGCGUUCUACCACCAACGCCAAAUAUGUCAACCUCCGAUUCGGUUACUUCAACAGGUACUGGCAGCAGAAAGAAAACGACAAAUUCAUCGUUGCUGAAUCCGACCAGCCUGAAGAGGACUUGACAAAGCCCUCUUGCACCUUGUUCGAGCCCGUUGAAGUCAACAACAACGGCGUGUUCUACUUGAGGCAUGUCCAGAGCGGAGGCCGUUUGUCCGUAGAUGGCCAAACCAUGGCCCUCUACGUGAGUGAAAAUGGUGAUGAUGAUGAUAAAAGUGAGUUAACUUUUGUGGAUUGGAACACAUUAGUUAAACUGCCUCUGCGGGUAGCGUUGAAGGGGAGUAAUGGCAAGUAUAUCAUGCUGGAUGGCUCUCUACUGCUGUUCAAAUCCGUAGAUCCGAACGACAAAACAACGAUCUGGGUGGUGGAACAGAAGCCCGAAGGCCAUGUCCAUAUAAGGCAGAGGGAAUACAACGAUGAUUAUUUCUGGGCUGUAAGAACACCGGAACUAUUGGUGUCCGGUAUCGCUUCAUCUCUAUCUCCUCCUUCAACCCAGCUCUAUAACUUCUGGCCGAUCAAAAUAGCCGAUAAUUCAAUCGCGCUCCGCAGUGAACACAACAACAACUUCUGCUGCUAUCUGUAUGACGAUUACGGUAUCAUGGACGGUCUAUGGGCAAGAGCUUCCACGAUCACGAAAGAAGCAACACUGCAAGUGCAGGAAUCGGUGCUGGAGAGAAAGAUCUACAAUGUGAUGUAUCAGAUGGAGUAUGCACGCAUUUUCAACGAGGAACCUUACUUGGCAGGCUCAGGCACGCUUAAUAACGACAAAGAUGAGGAGGAUUCCUUGGCGGUGACAAUUGAAUAUGCAGACGAGAAAUCUUAUACUUUUAGCCGCAGCGUGUCGUUGACAGCAGGGGUGUCCGCCAGCAUUGAAGCUGGAAUUCCCUUCAUUGAAAAGGCAACAAUUGAAGUGCAUUACGAUAUAAGUGGGGCGUUGCAGUGGGAUACCACCACCACAACUACAAAGUCGAUUACAGUCACCGGGACCGUUCCUGUACCGGCGAAGAGUAAGGUUACGGUUGAUUAUGUCGGAACAAAAGGCACCUGCAAUAUUCCUUAUUCUUACACUCAGGAGGACAAGAGUUCCACCGAUGGACAAGUUACUUAUACUGAUCUGGUUGAUGGUAUUUACACCGGCGUCAGUUAUUACAACUUCGACUUUUAUGUUAGAGAUACCAUGUCACUUUGAACACCCCCAAAACAUCCAUUUUCUUGGAUUGUUGUUUCUGUUUGUGUGCUUUGCUUGUAAGUUUCUUUCAAUAUUGCUUUCUCUUGUUGUUGUUGUUGUUGUUGUUGUUAUGCUCUUAGUUUCCAGAUACAUGUAUCUGAUCAUUUGUAUGCAUCGUUAUGGUUGAUUUGAAUUUUGAAUAAUGGAUGUUUCAAUUAAGAAACUAUAUAUA